AUGGACAGGGAGGCGUACCGCAACUGCUGCAGCCUGGUCAAAAUACCGAGACAUUCGUAUGAGCAGUUUUGGUCGUCACAUUUUGUAGAUUACAUCGACAAGGAGCUGAGCUACUCUAAGUUUUUCAAGAAAUACUUGCUUCCUAAUCACCCGUGUAUGUUUUCGAGAAGGUUCACAGAGGACUGGAAGUGUAGAAAACAAUGGGUGACUGAGGAAGGGAAGCCUAAUUUCCAGAAACUGCUGCAAGAGUUUGAUGAGACUCCUGUUCCUGUUGCAAACUGCAAUGCAAAGGAGUACAAUGCAAACCCUAAACAAGUUAUGCCUUUCAAAGAAUUUAUACACUACUGGAAGGAAUACAUCCAGAAUGGCCACUCCUCACCAAAGGGAUGUCUCUAUCUUAAAGACUGGCACAUGUCAAGGGACUUUCUAGAACACAAUGUUUACACCACACCAGUCUUCUUUUCCUCUGACUGGCUUAAUGAAUACUGGGAUACACUCGAAGUGGAUGACUACCGCUUUGUUUACAUGGGACCUAAGGGUUCAUGGACGCCGUUCCAUGCUGAUGUGUUCCGCUCCUACAGUUGGUCAGCAAACAUCUGUGGAAGGAAGAAAUGGCUCCUCUAUCCCCCAGGUCAGGAGGAGUUUCUGCGGGACACUCAUGGCAAUCUCCCUUAUGAUGUAACAUCGUCUGAACUUCGAGACAGAGGCCUUUUUCCUCACUCUGAAGAAGCCUGUCAACCUCUUGAGAUUAUUCAAGAGGCAGGGGAAAUAAUUUUUGUGCCCAGUGGCUGGCACCAUCAAGUGUAUAAUCUGGAGGACACCAUCUCUAUUAAUCACAACUGGUUGAAUGGCUGCAACAUUGACAUCAUGUGGCAGUUCCUCCAGAAUGAGCUGUCAUCUGUUCAGAAAGAAAUAAACGAGUGGAGAAACACAAUGGAUUCGUGGCAUCAGCACUGCCAGGUCAUCAUGAAGGCCUGCUCUGGUAUCGAUUAUGGCGAAUUUGCCUCGUUCCUGAAAAUCAUAGCCGACAACCGAAUGGCUUUCCUGAAUGCUUGCUCCUCGGGGGACUCCUCUGAUUACCCGCGGCAUCUCUCAGAGAUCCUCACCACACUCGGACCUUACCACGCUGCCUUUGACCUACAGAGAGUGGCUCACAUAAUCGAAUGCCUGCUCUGCAAUGAAGACUUUAAGCGGCUCGAUCAUUCGGCACUGACUCUUCAGCCAGAAACCAUGUUACAGCAAAUUCGGGACACCAUACAAUCCACAAGAGGGCAGCAUCUCCUUUAUCAGGAGUAAGAUGCUCAGUGGCGUCUCAGCAAUGUAAUAGUCACCUGGAAAUAGCUUGAAUGAAAAGUGCCAAUUUGAUGAUAGAGCAGACUGCACCUUUGGUUUGAGAUGAAAUGAAAUCUCAAAUGUUGCUUGUGAAUGUUCUGAGUUGGUUUUUGCACUGAAAGAUAAAAUAGAUAAAUUAAAAAAAUACGCAAGUUGACUGAA